AAAAAUAACUCGCGAAGAAGACGUAAGAGAAUUGGUGGAGGAAACCGAAAUCUCGAGGUUCCAGCUUUAAAGCUUUUACAAUUGAAUUUCAGUUACAUUUUAACAAUCUUCUUCUUCGAACUAGCGACGCUACUUUUGUAAAUAUCCACUAAAUUAUUUGAAUAAGUAAAUUUUCCACGUGAAAAAAAUAAUCAACAAAAUGCUGGCAGGCCAAGCGCCAAAGUUUGUUAACAAACAAUUUAAUUCCCCUAUAAACCUGUACUCACCUCAAGCUAUUCAGGAGACAUUAGAAAAACAGACGAGAUUAUUAUCGAAUGGUGCCGUUGGAAUUGAUUUCAACCAACUGGCAAAGCCAGCUAAUCUGCAAAACAGCGCGGUGCUUAAAAUGCUGGAAGAAGAAGAAACUAGACUGCGAAAUGGUGGUCAGCCCGGUUUAAGAAGAGUUGCCUGGCCACCACCUCAGGACCACGACCAAGUUGAUUACAUCGAACAGUCUCCAGUUCAAGCUAAGACACGUGGACUUGGUGAACACGUUUCAUAUCAAAGCAGUCCUGUAUCAGGGCCAUCACCUCAACCAAUCAGUCCCGGUGGGUCUCUAAAACAGCCUUCACACUUCCAACAUCAACCGAAUCUCAAAAAUUGGGCGCCAGUUACGCCACCGACAACUUCGCCGACUCCGACCUGGAACCAGCACUCGAAUCAAUUGCCAUCACACUACCAACCGCAAAGUCUGCCAGUAAAUUUUGAACCUCCUCCAACGACGAUCACUCUUAGACCAAAAGCGCCGUUUUCACAAGAUCCAGCGCCAGUUUAUCAAGCCCAGCCAGCUGCUACGAUGGCACCUAUGAGCGGAGUAAUGAGAGGAGAUUUGAAGUGGCCUCCAGAGUCGGUCAAACAACAAUCAGAACUCGAAAACCAAGCGAGAAUGGCACUAGCCAAAGGCCCGGCUUUCAGACCACGACGUGUUAAUAAAGAUUAUGGAGAAUUCUUUGCUCAACACGCUCUCAACAGUAAUUACCCAGGGUACCGAGCUCCUCCUGGUACUCAAUACUUUACACCGUCUUAUCAGCAUUAACUCAGACUUAUUUUUAAUUAUAUAGAAAUUAUAAAUUUUCUCUAAUUACUACUAAAAAAUUUUUAA